GUACUAUAUUCGCCCUCUCCCACUUUGCACGCAAUAUUAUCUCUCGCUCUGGCCGUGUUGGCGAUCGCACAGUCUAUCGUUUGCUUCACACAAGUUUCUUAGGCUUCGUAAUACCUCCAGCCUGCACAAUCCUUCAUCAGAGCAGUUGACGCGCCCCACUAGAGCUGCUACCACCAUGUCGAGCACGACAGAUGCUGUGAUCGAGAAGCUGCCCUCGACAGCCGAGCUCAAGGAAGAUGUCAAGGUAGCGUCAAAAUCCUCGCUACAGUCGCUUCGGGCGCUGGUAGCUGGAGGUGUAGGUGGUGUUUGCGCCGUUGUGGUGGGCCAUCCGUUCGAUCUGGUCAAGGUGCGCAUGCAGACGGCGGAGAAGGGUGUAUACAGCGGUGCCAUGGACGUUGUAAGGAAAACAAUCGCAAAGGAAGGACUGGCUAGAGGCUUGUAUGCAGGUGUCUCUGCGCCUCUUGUUGGUGUAACACCCAUGUUCGCCGUAUCCUUUUGGGGUUACGAUCUCGGCAAACAACUCGUCUCGAGCGUCUCAAAAGUCGAGAACAACCAGUACAGUGUCGCCCAAGUCUCCGCCGCCGGCUUUUUCAGUGCUAUCCCCAUGACCAUCAUCACCGCCCCGUUCGAGCGCGUCAAGGUGCUCCUGCAGAUCCAGGGACAAAAGACACUAGCCCCUGGCGAGAAGCCCAGAUACUCUGGCGGCCUCGAUGUCGUAAAGCAACUAUACAAAGAGGGUGGCAUCCGCUCGGUAUACCGUGGGUCUGCCAUGACACUGGCGCGUGACGGACCAGGCUCAGCCCUCUACUUUGCGACGUACGAGACGUUCAAGCGGAACCUGACGCCCAAAGAUCCAGUGACGGGUCAGCCCGGAUCGCUGAGCAUGGGAGCCGUCAUGGUGGCCGGUGGUGCUGCCGGUGUAGCCAUGUGGAUACCCGUCUUCCCUGUUGACACGAUCAAAUCGCGGUUGCAGAGUGCCGAAGGCCGACCAACAAUAGGUGGAACCGUGCGAGGCAUCUAUGCGAGCGGCGGUAUCAAAGCCUUCUUCCCUGGCAUCGGACCGGCCAUGGCACGAGCCGUACCUGCCAACGCUGCCACAUUUGCUGGCGUAGAACUUGCCCACAAGGCAAUGACUAGGAUGUUCGACCGCGACGGCGAGUAAGCACUGCCUGAUCGUCACGUAAACUCCCCACAAACGACACUUUUCUUUAUCAUCAUCUAUGUCUGAUGUUGAGCCGAUGGGUUGGUGGCGUUGCAUAUGGCGUUCUUAGCUCCGCCUAGGUGCGCGUGUAUAGAUCAAGGGGCUUUCUAGAUGGGUUCGUCCUUUUCAAUAGAUGCUAUUUCUGU